AUGAUGGACAAAACCGAACAGGCAAGCCAGAUAUACGCCCGUGCACUAUACCCACUUCGCCGCGGUUGUGCUCUAUGGGUUCCUGAACCAAAUGAGGAUUUGCCAUCUGAAUAUCGCGAGGCGGGUUUACAGGCUGGUGAUGUCGGGGUUCUGAGGGAUGAGGGUUGUUAUGACUUCGCCUUCAACGCCUGCCGUUCCUCAAGUGACCCCGUGAAUCAGGGCGGAGUCCCGGAUGGCUUUCAGCAGCUAACAUGGAAUGGCUCAAAACGUACAACCCCUCAUUACUUUCCACCAGGCGAUCUCGUAUUGAGCGCUGGUGCGGAGUUGCGGAAUCUGGAAAUCGAAGCUUCAGCUCGACUACCCGGGAUUCCGGUGGGAGGUGGAGCUGGUUUCAGAAUCAAUUUUGCUCGAGAUCAAGGCGCGGUUAUUUUCCCCCCCAACGGCGCCCACAGCGUUAAUUCUAGGAAUCUUGCCGUUUCGACAAAACCGAUUGCUGGGAGAAUGCAGUUUACUGCAAUAAUCGGAAAGAACAGAACUUCGAGACAUUCUCCACCCAACAAUAAUGGCAAACACAACCAGGCGUUGUUUAUUCGAGGCUUUCGGAUAUCCUUUCGUCGCAAAUUGAGAGCAUUUCUUCGUGGGUCGACUGUGGAGGUUACGAGCACGUACGAAUCAUCGUGGAGGGACGUUCUUGGCAAGAAAGGUACUCAUUGUCCAUUCGGUCGCGGGCGUUCUUCCUCAUCUGGGUCUGGGUCACCAUCUUUGUCUUUGUCGACAUCCGGUGCAUCUGCAGAAACGUCAUUUGCAUGCAGUGCGUCUGGUUCACUUGAAGUGCUGGAUGAAGUAGGAGAGGCGUCGUGCGUGCUCGACGACUCGAGCGAUACUAGUAUAGAAGAAGACGAUUUCGUUCCAUUAUUAGAGCUUUACCAUCCCUUAGAUGUCAUCAACGACUAUAUCCUACGCUCGGUCGGGGACGAUGUUAAGGUUGUUAUCACGCAUGAUGAUGACUGGGUUGCCCUCUUGGUCGAGGAGGAUCUUGAGAUGCCUGACGAUCCGGUACUAAUCAAAAGGGUCCAGAAGCUGUUCGAUAUAACGGUCAACGACGGUUGCGCGUCUCUCACUCCUAUCCAAGCCACCAUUACCACCAGUUGGGAUUAUCGGAUACUACUGGCCUAUCUCCUGCUUGGCCUGAUCACUGCCUAUAUCACUCUUCUCUACAAUGCUCAUGCUUCUCAGCAUAACGACCAUUACUGGCGUAUGCGAGAAUCCGAUAAUGUCAGUGGGCCUGUUUGCCUUGUUCCUCGGAAGAACGAUUUCGUAUCCUUAAUCCGUGACUUUCGUUGUGCCGUAAUCUGA